UUGCUCCGGCUCCGACCGAGCACAUGUCUCACGCGAAACACGGACUAAUUCCGUAUAUCGCUCCACGGCUACCUAGCUCGAGUCAGCUCGGAUCCAACCUUUCUCCCUCAUCACAAACCAAAUGGCGACCGAGAUCAUCGAAGACCCGCCGCACCUGCCGCCCAUCCCGCGCUCGUCAUCGUACGCCAAGCCAAAGGGCAUCCUGAAGAACACGCCGCAACCACCUGCAUCGACGGGCCAACAGCACCUGCAAUGGGACGAGGCCAACAUCGCGCUCACGGAGAUCCAGAAGGACAGUCUCAUGAAGAUCACGGAGCCGAAGACGCCCUACGUCAGAUAUAACGCAGAGACGGACACCGUCGAGGGAGACAUCCCCGGCCUCGACCUCGACAACGGGCAGUACAUCUGGACGAACGGCGCGCACGCCGGCGGGCCGUCCGACUCCCCUGUGAUGGCCACGUCCCCCAUGCCCUCCGAGCCUGGCAGCGCCAUCGGCCCCGGAUCCGGCCCCUCGUCGCGCCGCACGUCGUUCUCGAGCACGGGGCGCUCUGGCUCCCUGGGCCGCUCGGGCAGUGCCUCGGGGCGGUCGGGCAGCGGCGCCUCGAGCCGCAGCACGAGCUUCAACCUGCCGAGCGAGGCGCGCCACGAGAUCCGCGAAGACGGGAUGGGGCGCGCGGAGGCGCAGGCGGAGCUCGAGGAGGACGAGGAGAUGGAUGAAGAAACUGCUGCGAAGCACGCGGACUUUGUCCGUGCGCGGGGACGCCAUUACUCGAACGAGGCGGAAGCGAUGAAGCUCGCCGCGAAACUACUGGAGGAAGAGGAUGGCGAUUCCGAGGAUGUGGAGGUGCCCCCGGUGCCCCCACUUCCCUCCAAGAUCAACGGUAUCGGGCACUGAACGCGACACGGAAAAUUAGCGUAACCCAAUCAGACGACCUUUGGAGCAUUCCGAUUUACUUUACAAACUUAUUCUUGGACUUGAUCGAAAUACAAAUAGUUCCUUUUGUUACACAGACAUAGUUACAAACACGCCAGGAUUACAGUAGUAGAUAUACAACCUUCCCCUUCGUCCAUCAAAGUUCAAAGCAAAGCAACAAGGACACCAGAGAGCAUAUUACACAAAACACGGCUGCAAGUGAAUGAGCCUGACAACACCAGGAGAAACGCACACUGAAUGAAAGCCGGAAUGAAGCAACGAAUGACGACUGUCGUCCACCGGCAGGGAGGCGCGGAGUGGCUGGCCGCCCACCCGCUGUCAAGCCCACAACAUCCCGAACGGUACACCGGGGACCGCGAUCGAG